GAUUUUGUAACAACAAACGCACCACUCCCCCAAUGACCCUGUUAUGAAACACCUACAUUUGGACCAUUUUGUAAUUUCUAUCCAGGAAAAACGAUAAAUAAAUAGCUAGUACAUUGACACACCAGUAAUUUCGAAGAAGCUUUGAACAUCAAGUAUUGAAUGAGAAGGACUUUAGGACUGGUCAGAAACCUCCCACAAUGCUGAAAACAAUUGGGCAAGCUAUUUUUUCGACUACUUUGCAGAAUCCAAAGUUUACACCUAACGAGGAGAAUAAGGCUCCUGACUAUGAGGUCCGUACCUAUCAGACAACCAACUGGAUAAGCACUACUCUGACUGGUAUGGAGCAGCAGGCUGCGAUAAGCACUGGGUUCCGACGCCUGUUCAGCUACAUCCAGGGCAACAACCACAACAAGCAGAACGUGGAGAUGACAGCUCCAGUGACGUGUCUGGUGGACCCUGGUGCUGGCCCGGCCUGUGAGACCACCUUCACAGUGUCCUUCUAUAUCCCAGAGGAGCACCAGGCCGCCCCGCCCCUGCCCAGCGACCCAGAAGUUUUCCUGGAGAACAGAAAGGAGUUCACUGUGUUUGUCAGGACGUAUGGGGGUUUCACCAACAUGCAGAAGAGUCGUGAGGAGCUUCUGAAUCUGCUAGAGAGCCUCCAGAGGGACGGGGCACGCUACAAGGACAUGCCCUACUACGUCUGUGGCUAUGACAGCCCCUUCAAACUAGUCAACCGCAGAAAUGAGGUCUGGAUCCUCCAGAAGACAGAGCCAUAGUAACGGUUCAAAGGGGGUCCCUACCUUUCUCCUCGAAGUAUGCACUUGAACACUCAUUUAUUUAGAAGUAUUGGAUUGGUGUAGGCAUGGACAACCAGAUACACUUUAUAUCAGUGGAGGCUGCUGAGAGGAGGAUGGCUCAUAAUAAUGGGUUGAUCAGAGCAAAUGGAAUGGCAUCAAACACAUGGAAACCAUGAUGUGUUUGACGUAUUUGCAACUAUUCCGCUCCAGCCACUACCAUGAGCCCAUCCUCUCCAAUUAAGGUGCCAGCAACCUCCUGUGCUAUAUAUACAAAAGUAUGUGGACACCCCUUCAAAUGAGUGGAUUCAGCUAUUUCAGCGACACCCGUUGCUGACAGGUGUAUAAAAUCGAGCACACAGCCAUGCAAUCUACAUAGACAAACAUUGGCAGUAGAAUGGCCUUACUGAAGAGCUCAGUUGACUUUCAAUGUGGCACCGUCAUAGGAUGCCACCUUUCCAAGUCAGUUAGUCAAAUGUCUUCCCUGCUAGAGCUGCCCCAGUCAACUGUAAAUGCUGUUAUUGUGAAGUGAAAACGUCUAGGAGCAACAUGGCUCAGCUGCGAAGUGGUGGGCAACAAGCUCACAGAACAGGACCCCCGAGUGCUGAAGCGCGUAAAAAUCAUCUGUCCUCGGUUGCAAGACUCACUUACAAACUACCUCUGCAAGUAACGUCAGCACAAGAACUGUUUGUCGGGAGCUUUAUGAAAUGGGUGUCUGUGGCUGAGCAGCCGCACACAAGCCUAAGAUCACCAUGCGCAAUACCAAGUGUCGGUUGGAGUGGUGUAAAGCUCACCGCCAUUGGACUGGAGCAGUGGAAACGUGUUCUCUGGAGUAAUGAAUCACGCUUCACCAUCUGAUCCAACGGAAUAAUCUGGGUUUGGAGGAUGCCAGGAGAACGCUACCUGCCCGAAUGCAUAGUCCUAACUGUAAAGUUUGGUGGAGGAGAAUAAUGGUCUGGGGCUGUGUUUCAUGGUUUGGGCUGAGCCCCUUAGUUCCAUUGAAGGGAUGACGGGAAAUCAUAACAAAUAACAGCUACAUUCUAGACUAUUCUGUGCUUCCUACUUUGUGGCAACAGUUUUGGGAAGGCCCAUUCCUGUUUCAGCAACAAAAUGAGGUCCAUACAGAUGGUUUGUUGAGAUCGAUGUGGAAGAACUUGACUGGCCUGCACAAAGCCCUGACCUAAACUCCAUCGAACACCUUUGGAAUGAACUGGAAUACCCUCUGCGAGCCAGGCCUAAUCUCCCAACAUCAGUGCCCGACCUCACAAAUGCUCUUGUGGCUGAAUGGAAGUCCCCGCAGCAAUAUUCCAACGUCAAGUGGAAAUCCUUCCCAGAAGAGUGGAGGCUGAUACAACAGCAAGGGGGGAGCAGCUCUACUAAUGCCCAUAAUUUUGGAAUGUGAUGAUUGACGAGCAGGUGUCCACAUACUUUUGGUCAUGUAGUGUAGCUAUCUUAAAACAGUCUAAUUUUCAUUCCGUGAGGGGGAGUCAACGGGUGCACACGUUGGGGAGGAAGGUAAGGAACUGAACAGAAUAGCACCCAUUCCCACUAUGAUUAGAAAAAGAUAUGCAGCUUUUUGAAGCAUAAUCACAAGUGCCUAAGCAAUGUCUGUGACCUUUUGUAAUAAUGAUAGUACAGUAAUAACCUUUCCGUUGAUACUUAAAGAAACUAAGAGACAGAUGUCAAGGAGCUUUUUAGAUGCUCUUAAUAUUCAGGUCACUGAAGGGACUGAUGAAAUACUGUAGCUGCUAUUUGAGACUCCUUUCUACUACAUUGUAUACUACAAGGGACUUCAAAAAUAAUUGAACUCCAUUCCGUUAGAUGCUGGCAUGACAAGCACCUAUAUAAGCUAACAUUAGCACAUCUUCAGAAAAUUAAAUGUACAGGGAAGACCUUUGAACUUUGACACUGAAUUCCUGACUCACUUAACUUUUGUUUUAAGCUUCUCAACUUUUGUGCUCUUUUACUUUGUACUUUUCAUUGUAGACGCCUUGCAUAUUCAAACUGCUAAUUAAUGGUGGCAACUAUGUACAUUUUACAGAGGACUUGGCAGUGUGGCUUAGCUCUGAGGGCUGCGUUGUAUGACUAGACAUGCUUAUGGACUAUUGCUGAACUAUAGAUUACUGUGAGAAAGUCUCAAUGAUGAUGUGAAAAUGUAAUGUGUGUCUGCAUCUUGUCGCCCCCCCCCAAAAAAAAAUGACACAUUUGUUGGGAUAUUAUGAUACAAACUGAUAUUAGGUUCUGAAAGGGACAGAAGCUGGAUCAAUGGAAAAAUGUAUUAUACACUGUGUAGUAAACAUUAGGAACACAUGCUCUUUCCUUGACAGACUGAUCAAACUUUAUUUGUCACAUGCGCCGAAUACGGCAAGUAUAGACUUUACCGUGAAAUGCUUACUUACAAGCCCUUAACUCUUCUUGAAAUUCACUGUUGGUUAAGAAAAUAUUGACCAAGUAGACUAAAAUAAAAAGUAACACAAUAAGAAUAACGUGGCUAUAUACAGGGGGCACCGGUACCGACUCAGUGUGCGGGGGUACACGUUAGUUGAGAUCAUUUGCAGGUGGGGGUGAAGUGACUAUGCAUAGAUAAACAGCGAGUAGCAGCAGUGUACAAAAAGGGAGGGGUUGAUGUAAAUUGUCCGGUGGUGAUUUUAGUAAUUGUUCAGCAGUCUUAUAGCUUGGGGGUAGAAGCUGUUGAGGAGCCUUUUGGUCCUAGAUUUGGCGCUCCGGUACUGCUUGCUGUGCGGUAGAAGAGAAAACAGUCUCUGAUCUGGUGAAAGCUAUGAUUCCUUAUUGAUGUAACCUGUUAAAUCCACUUCAAAUAGUUUAGAUUGAAGGGGAGGAGACGGGUUAAAGAAGGCAUUUUAAGACUUGAAACAGUGGAUUGUAUAUGUGUGCCAAUGAGGGUGAAUGGGAAAGAAAAAAUGAAGGUCCUUUGAACGGGGUAUGGUAGUAGAUGUCAGGCGCACCGGUUUCUGUCAAGAACUGCAACGCUGCUGGUUUUUCACGCUCAACACUUUCCCGUGUGUCUCAAGAAUGGUCCACCACCCAAAGGACAUCCAGCCAACUUGACACAACUGUGGGAAGGAUUGGAGUCAACAUCCCUGCGAAUUGAGGCAGGAUGGUGUUUCUUAUGUUUUGUACACAGUGUAUAUAGUGUUACAUUCUUUACUAUGAUUUAUUAAAAGAAGGAAUACUUUUCACUAUUACAUGAUUGUGGAUGUAUAAUGUCUUAAUGUAUGUACUAUUUUACAUCAAUGUAUGUAAAACGUGAUUAAAUACAUUUAAAAUGUC